AUGGCGGCCAAGUCGGAUGGCGGCGGCGGCGGCGGCUUCGCCCAGCUGCACAACCUGGACGAGGCGGCGGCGGCGGCGGGCGUCUGCGGUGCCGGCGGCGUCGGGGCAGCGGCGGCCGAGGGCGCGGAGGAGCCGGGCGGCAGCAGCUCCUUGCACAUCUGCCACUGCUGCAACACGUCGUCGUGCUACUGGGGCUGCCGGAGCGCCUGCCUGCGGAGCCUCUUCGGGCGGGCGGCCGCCGCCGCCGCCGCCGAACCGCUGGCCCCGCGCCCCGCCGCCGAGGGGCCGCCGCGGGCGCCGGAGGGCGUUGAGGGGGGAGAGCGGCCGUGGCUGGACUGCCUGUGGAUCGUGCUGGCGCUGCUGGUGCUGCUGGGGGACGUGGGCACGGACCUGUGGCUGGCGCUGCACCACUACGGCCGGCGGGACUACGUCUGGUGCGGCCUGACGUUGGCCUUCGUGCUGCUGCCCUCGGUGCUGGUGCAGAUCCUCAGCUUCCGCUGGUUCGUGCAGGACUACACGGGCGGCGGGCUGGGGGCCGUGCAGGGCCUCAGCAGCCGCGGGCCGCCCAUGAUGGGGGCCGCCGGCCGCCGGGGGGGACCCGCCGGCGGGGUAGGAGGAGCCGCCGGCACCGCCACCCCCGGGGCGCAGCGCCUCUGCAGGAUCUCCGUCUGGGUCUGGCAGUCCGUCAUCCACCUGCUGCAGAUGGGGCAGGUCUGGAGGUAUAUCCGAACUAUGUACCUGGGGAUCCAGAGCCAGAGGAGGAAGGAACACCAGCGGCGUUUCUACUGGGCUAUGAUGUACGAAUAUGCAGACGUAAAUAUGUUGCGCCUCCUGGAAACUUUCCUGGAGAGUGCCCCUCAACUGGUGCUACAGCUCUGCAUAAUGAUCCAAAAGAACCGUGCAGAAACAUUACCAUGUGUGUCCUCUGUGGCCUCCCUGAUGUCCCUGGCUUGGGUGCUAGCCUCCUAUCACAAGCUUCUUCGGGACUCUAGGGACGACAAGAAGAGUAUGAGCUACAGAGGGGCCCUCAUCCAUCUCUUCUGGCGCCUCUUCACCAUCUCAUCCCGAGUUAUUUCUUUUGCUCUCUUUGCUUCCAUCUUCCAGCUCUACUUUGGGAUCUUUGUAGUGGUCCAUUGGUGCGCCAUGGCUUUCUGGAUCAUCCAUGGCGGGACGGAUUUCUGCAUGUCCAAGUGGGAGGAGAUACUCUUCAACAUGGUGGUAGGGAUUGUGUACAUUUUCUGCUGGUUUAAUGUCAAGGAAGGGCGGACUCGAUACAGAAUGUUUGCGUAUUACACGGUAGUGCUGACGGAGAACGCGGCCUUGACGCUCCUUUGGUAUUUUUACAGAGAUCCUGACACUACUGACUCAUAUGCCGUGCCAGCACUGUGUUGUGUCUUUCUUAGCUUUGCUGCUGGGAUAGCUUUGAUGCUGUUAUAUUAUGGUGUGCUGCAUCCCAUGGGGCCAAGAGCUAAGAUCUUUGCCAGCUCCUGUUGCGCCGAGCUGCUCUGGGGCAUUCCUUUGCCCCCCGAUGUUGAGCCCAUGGCACCCCAAACCCCUGGGUACCGGGGGGCCCAGGCUACGCCCACCAGAGCGGUCACGGAGCAACAGGAGGAACUCACAGCUGACACUUGCUUGCCCGUUUUCCAGGUGAGAGCAAUGGUGCCAUCUACUCCAUCUGGGCGACCCUAUCCCCCCGAGGGGCCUCUCAUUAAGAUUGACAUCCCAAGAAAAAGAUACCCGGCAUGGGAUGCUCAUUUUGUAGACAGGAGGUUAAGAAGAACUAUCAACAUCCUCCAGUAUGUCACCCCCACAGCUGUAGGUAUUAGGUAUAGAGAUGGACCUCUCUUAUAUGAGUUGCUACAAUAUGAAUCUUCACUUUAA